CUAUUAUAAUUGUGGAUGAAGACAAAACAAAACUAUUCUCAGCACCAAAACAAAAUCUUCACAAACCAAAGAAAACUCCCCAUCCCAUCUCUCUGCCUUCCUUCCUUCCUUUCCCCCCUUCCUCCCCUCUCCCAUCCAAAACUCAUGGAAGGCUCUGACAUUGAACGUCUUGAUUUUGGAAAGAUGGGACAUGGGUGCAAGCAUUACAGAAGAAGAUGCAGGAUUCGAGCUCCUUGUUGUAAUGAGGUUUACUCAUGCCGUCAUUGUCAUAACGAGGCAACGAGCAUGUUGAAAAACCCUUUUGAUCGUCAUGAACUUGUUCGUCAAGAUGUUGAACAAGUUGUUUGUGCGGUUUGUGAUACAGAACAGCCAGUUGCUCAAGUUUGCACUAACUGUGGUGUUAGAAUGGGGGAAUAUUUCUGUGAAAUCUGCAAAUUCUUCGAUGAUGAUACGGGGAAACAGCAGUUUCAUUGUGAUGAUUGUGGGAUCUGCAGAGUUGGUGGGAGUGAGAAUUAUUUCCAUUGCCAGAAGUGCGGCUCUUGCUAUGGAGUUGCUUUGCGCGAUAAUCAUUUAUGUGUGGAGAAUUCCAUGAGGCAUCACUGUCCAAUUUGUUAUGAGUACCUUUUUGACUCGUUGAAAGACACCACUGUUAUGAAAUGUGGUCACACAAUGCAUUGUGAAUGCUACCAUGAGAUGGUAAAGCGUGACAAGUACUGUUGUCCUAUAUGUUCCAAGUCGGUGAUUGACAUGUCUAUGACAUGGAAGAGAAUCGAUGAAGAGAUUGAAGCAACUGUCAUGCCUGAGGAUUAUCGGAAUAGAAAGGUCUGGAUACUUUGUAAUGACUGCAACGAUACAACCGAAGUUCACUUCCACAUUAUUGGGCAUAAAUGCGGUCACUGCAAUUCAUAUAACACUCGUGCUAUUGCUCCUCCCGUUCUUCCGCAAUAACCAACAAAUUCACGCCGUUCAAGAAACACGUCUAUCCCUGUGAUCCAAUUAUUGUAGAGCAUCAUUUAAUUCAUCAACAAGAUUAGUGGUAUAUUGUGUAUGCCCUUAAACUUUUCAUAGCUUAUUCUUCCUCCAACAUAUGGAGUGGAUUUGUGGAGUUGGUAUUCGGGUCAUCGAGACUUUUAUAAACAUUUGUAUACUAAAACUAUCAUAGGGGAAAAAGUUUACUCUUCAUGUGCUUCUGGUAAUUGUGUUUUUGUCUUGUUAUUGUUGUAUUGAUAUUGGAGGAUGGAUUAGCUUUUCUUUGCCGUUGAAUUUAAUCUACACAACUCAGUGAUUCUUUCCUUUUA